CAGCCGGGGUCAGCCGGCGCGAGGUACUUCCUGUAGGAUUGGCACGGCAGUUUCGCGCCGCUGUAAUAAAAUAAUAUGCACGUGAAUAAUUUUGACCAGUCCAGAAACACAGUUAGCUAAACAUAUUAAAACAAACCAACUAAAGUUAAUAAUUGUAUUAUUAAAAACUUUUAAUUCAAAUGACUAGCAUGCUAAAACUCUAUUCAACAUACUUUAGCUACCUAGUUGUACCUUGCUAGGAGAAGCCGUCGUUAUUAAUCUGGGUGAACUUCGGCUACUGAAAAGGUCAGGACCAUGAAAACUCGUAGUCAGUGCAGAAGCGGAGUCAGUUUCUUUGAGAGGCUGCCAUCCGAGGUGUUCGACAUGAUUCUGCGAAGACUCACUGUCCUUGAAGUAAGCGUUUUCAGCAUGGUGUCGAAGGCAAUGAGUUGCCAAAUUGUGGACCACGUCUCCACCAUGGCCUGGGCCAAAAGAAUGAUCCCUCAAAACUUUCACCACUCAAGAUUUCCUGAUGACAAGCAAUCUACCUAUCGACACUACAAAGCUCUAGGCUUGUUGUUCAAGAGAUGCACCUUGUUAUUACCAACCAAGGACAGAUUGAAAUUUAUCCACACAAAGUUCUCAAAGAUCCCAUGUUUCAUGAUGCAGUGUAAGCCUACUGCAGCUAGCUGCCUUGGCUUCUCCAGCUAUGGUGUCUUCCUUCAGACCCUUAUUGCAGGAUGGAAUGAGCUGGAAUGCCACAGAGUGUUCAUCUUCCUGUGCGACUUCACAGACCUUCCAAGAAAAAUGGAGAUUGUAGUCAAUGGAAGACCAGGAGCGAGUCGAUACCUAGAGCUGCAAAUUAGACAGUUCUGUCGUCAGGUUCUCCUUGACCCAUGGUCAAGCCGCAAAGAAUGUGGGUUUUGGCUGACACAAAUCCUGAAGCCCUGGCCCAUGGUUAGCCAGGCACGUCUGCUCUUCAUCCUGUACGGGCCCUUGCUACCAGAUGGUUCUCUUGGCUGGCAGCAGCUGACAAGUACUGUGCUGUCAAGCAGUGCCCUUUCGGACCUGGCCAAGGCUGUUCUCCUGCUUCAUACAGAUUUGGAACUCAAAGACUGGAACACUAGCACCAUCUUGGCCAUCCUUGAAGAGAUUAGGGUCCUGCCACAGGUUUGGCGUGUGGAGAACGUAGCUCGGCUGCUGGUCCUGUGUGGCACCACUCUGUGCUACAGCGUCCUGGCUAACAAGGCCCACAAUGGAAGGCUCUUUGAGAUUUCAAAACUCCUUGUUUAUCUUAUCCUGGUGUGUGAAAAGGAUGGCUACUGCAUGAGCUGGGUGGUGACGCUGGUUCAGCAGGUAUGCAAGGUCUUCACCGCUGCUGCGGACAAGUGGUCCUUCAUCCAAAGCCUAGAAAACAUGUUUUCUGAGGUUACCAUGGAAAUAUACGAGGCCUCCCUUGCAGGAAACCCACAGGAGGACAUGGAGAGCUUCCAAACGCUGUGUUCCAUCCUCGGCUCCAGCGCACACUUUCACACAGAGAUACUUCACAUGUUCCUCAAAGAGUGACGCUAGGAGUUCAGAGGUGGGCUCAUUCAUUCAGGAGGAAAUGUCAGCAGGAAGUCAUGCUUAGGGGGGUGAAUGAACCAUGCAAAUUAGAUUGAGCGGCAUUCAAUUAUAUGUUAAGAACCUUAGCAAUGGACAAAGUUUAUAAUAUUGCCUGAUUUCUUAGACAGCAUAUAUUUAUUACAUAUUUAUUCAGUGUGUG